CUCAUAGUUUGCCUGUACUCACGUCCCUGCACUCGCUCUUCUGAAAAAAGGAACAAAAAGAUUCCAAGGAAGGAAUGAGGCUAUGGAGAGAGAGAGAGAGAGCAGAAAAGGCAAAACAGAAGAAAAGUGGAUUUGAAGCUGAAAUGUUGAGAUUCAUUAUUCUCCAAACAUGGCUUCUCGUAUUUUGCUUGGCUCUCUCUACUUGUUCAGCUAGAAAUGUUGCUUUCUAUGCAGCACCCUGGGUUAUGCGCAUAAGCUGUGGAGCUCGUGUAAAUGUGCACACUCCACCAACCAAUACACUUUGGUACAAGGAUUUUGCCUAUACAGGAGGAAUUCCCACUAAUUCAACACGUACAAGUUAUGUUGCUCCUCCACUUAAAACUCUUCGCUAUUUCCCCCUAUCUGAAGGUCCGAACAAUUGCUACAACAUUAAAAGAGUGCCAAAGGGACAUUAUUCUGUAAGAGUCUUCUUUGGAUUGGUUGCACAUCCGGACCCUAAUUUUGAUAAUGAACCUUUAUUUGACAUUUCUGUGGAAGGCUCCCAGAUUUAUUCUUUGCAAUCAGGUUGGAGUAGCCACGAUGAGCAAGUAUUUACUGAAGCCCUAGUGUUUCUCACAGAUGGCACGGCUUCAAUCUGUUUCCACAGCACUGGUCAUGGAGAUCCAGCAAUCCUUUCCAUUGAAAUCCUUGAAGUAGACGAUAAAGCAUACUAUUUUGGCUCUGAGUGGGGUCGAGGAGUAAUCCUCAGAACAGUGACCAGAUUGAGUUGUGGUAAUGGGAAGUCAAAAUUUGAUGUAGAUUACAGUGGUGACAGAUGGGGUGGGGAUAGAUUUUGGAGUCGCAUGCCAUCAUUUGGCCAGAGUUCUGAUAAAGCAAUAUCUACUGAAAAUAAAAUUAAGAAGGCUUCAUAUGCACCAAACUAUUACCCAGAAGCUCUUUAUCAGACUGCCCUUGUUAGCACUGAUAUUCAGCCAGAUUUAUCAUAUACGAUGGAUGUGGAUCCUAAUAGAAACUACUCAAUUUGGCUGCACUUUGCUGAGAUUGAUGUUUCAGUCACUGGUGUAGGGAAAAGGGUAUUUGACAUCCUGGUUAAUGGUAAUAUUGUUUUUCAAGGGGUAGAUGUUUCCAAAAUGAGUGGGGAUCGUUAUACGGCUCUUGUAUUGAACAAGACUGUUACUGUUAAUGGAAGAACUUUGACAAUAACCUUGCACCCUAAAGAAGGCAGCCAUGCCAUAAUCAAUGCCAUUGAGGUCUUUGAGGUUAUCACAACUGAAUCCAAAACUAUAUUGGAAGAAGUUAGGGCUUUACAAGCAUUAAAGAGUGCUUUGGGCCUUCCCCCUCGGUUUGGCUGGAAUGGUGAUCCUUGUGUUCCCCAACAACAUCCAUGGAAUGGAGCAGAUUGUCAAUUUGACACAAGUAGCCAAAAAUGGAUCAUUGAUGGACUUGGUCUUGACAACCAAGGCUUGAGGGGUUUCUUGCCAAAUGAAAUAUCUGCGCUUCGUCAUUUACAAACCAUAAACUUAAGUACUAACAGCAUUGGUGGGCAUAUUCCAUCAUCAAUUGGAGCAAUAACCAGCUUAGAAAUUCUGGACCUUUCAUACAAUUUCUUCAAUGGUUCAAUUCCUGAAAGCCUUGGACAGUUGACGUCAUUGCGGAGAUUAAAUCUCAAUGGCAAUUCUCUGUCUGGAAGAGUCCCAGCUGCUCUUGGAGGAAGGCUUUUGUAUGGAGCUAGCUUCAAUUUUACGGACAAUGCAGGUCUUUGUGGUAUACCUGGAUUGCGUGCUUGUGGACCUCAUCUUUCUGCUGGUGCAAAGAUUGGCAUUGCCUUUGGUGCAUCAGUAGCAUUCCUCCUCAUGGUUAUCUGUUCAAUGUGUUGGUGGAAAAGACGGCAGAAUAUUCUCCGCGCACAGCAGAUUGCAGCAAGAGGUGCACCCUAUGCAAAAGCGAGGACUCACAUGGCGCAUGAUAUCCAGAUGACAAGGCAUUACAAUCAUGGUCAAGCACGGACGGCUGCUGAAAAUGGACCUAGCUUACUGUCGUGAUUAAUCCACUGUCACCUUCUAGAAGCCAAAGCAUUUGAAGUUUACUCCUUUGGUUUCUGGGAAUCCGCACUGCUUCUAAAACAUGAAUCUCAAGGCCUGAUGAUUAAUUUGGUGCAUCCCCGAACUCAUAUUGCUGCUUAAUGUGCCCAUUCUUUCAUAAUUUUGUUUGGUGAAGUUGGGUAGAGAUCAGACACAAGUAAACAUUCAUCCUUACUUGUAUCCACCAACUUCAAUAUAGGGUGAAAAUUAUGUAAAGUUUUUAAAUUCUUUGUUUUCUAAGCAAAGGAAUGUUAACAGGCUGAAGAACUGGUGGACUGCAUAUAAGAUAAUUUCACUUGUAGUUUUGAUGCAACAAGCCAUAGUUAUGCUAGUUGUUUCCUGGCACUGAGGUGGAACUAAAUAGUCAGGUUGAGACAAUAGUAGGAUACACAAUUGUAACUUAAUUUUUUUUUUCCUCUUUUUUUUUAUUUUUAUUUUUUUGUUAAUAUUAGUUUUUAUAUAUUGUUGUAUACAAAUUAUUUUCACAUUUGGUGUGGCAUCUUUCAUGAUACUAAAAA